CAAACUCCUUUUGCCUUUAUAUAAAAAACUCCAUUUUCCGUAGACCGUGCAUUACUACUCUUCUCCCUCACCAAAAUUUCCUCUUACCUCUGAAAAAAAAAAAAAAAAAAAAACUGUGAAAAAUGGAAGCAGACGGCAAUCUGAAAUGGGAAGGCAAAGCCACCGCGAAGCUCCUGAAGCCCACCGCAGACGAGGUGUGGCCGCUCCUAGCGGAUUUCUUCAGCCUGCACAAGUGGCUCCCCACCAUCGACACGUGCUUCAAAGUCGUCGACGACGGCGACGGCAAGAGCGGCGGCCUCGUCCGCCACUGCGCCGCCUCCCCCCGCGGCGGCGACCCGGCGGUGCGGUGGUGCCGCGAGCGCCUCACCGGCGUGGACGCGGCGGGGAGGCGGCUGAGCUACGAGGUCGUCGACAGCAACAUGGGGUUCAAGUCGUACGAGUCAACGCUGAGAGUCGUCCCGAUCGACGGCGGAGAUGAUCCCGGCUGCGAGAUCGAGUGGUCGUUCGUGGCCGACCCCGUCGACGGCUUGAGCUGCGAGGAUUUGGCCAAGUAUGUCGCGAUGGGGCUGCAAGGCAUGGCCAGGAAUAUGGAAUCUGCUUUGACGACUCAAUCUGAUGCUGUUGCUGCUGCUUUGGAAUUAAUUUGAUUGAUAAUGUCGAUUUUAGUUUGUGUGUUUUAAUUUCUUCCUAUGUUAUCACAGUUUUUUUUUUUGUCUUGGAUUGUUGUAUGUGUAGAGGUUGUAUUUGUGUUGGGAUUGAGAAGAAGAAGAAACUUUGGAGGUGUUUGGUGGAGGUUAUAAACUUUUGAA